AGCGCGAUUGUUCGAAGGAAGUUUUGGAUAGUGUCGUUGCUAAAGAGGAUCAGUAUCUCUGACCUACCAAUUAAUAUAAAAGUUUUCUCUAAUAGACGCCUUAAAGAUGUCUCAAAUUUCAUUUCUUUUACGUGAUUUGCUCGAUAACCUACAAAGACCUGCAAGUUUAUUUGAUCAAAACUUUGGCACGGGAAUGCUAGGAGAUGAUCUGCUGCACUCUUCCAUUGUGGCCCCCCUUGGGGUUGGCUACUGCAGACCAUGGCGCAGUCAGGCUGCCCACCACAGUGGCAUUUCACACAUUCAGGAUGAUAAAGACUGUUUCAAGGUAAACCUUGAUGUGCAGCAGUUCAAGCCCAAUGAACUUACAGUAAAGACUGUAAAUGAUUAUGUGGUUGUAGAAGGCAAGCAUGAAGAGAGACAGGAUGAGCAUGGAUUCAUUUCUCGACAGUUCCAGCGUCGCUAUAAGCUUCCUGCAGAUAUUGAACCAGACACUGUAGUGUCUCAGCUUUCAUCAGAUGGGGUUCUUACUGUUUCUGCACCAAAGAAGGCCCUGCCUCAGGCUGCUAAUGAGAAGGUUGUUCCAAUCACACAGACCCAGGCCCCAGCAUUGAAGCCAAAGAGUGCCAAAGCAGAUGAACCUCAAAAGAUGGAAACCUAAUCACUGAUGCUUCAAGUCUAAUAUCUGUUAACCCCUUCCAGGCAUAUAAAAGCUCUAUACCAAGUAAUGUGUUUAUUUCAUACUGCAAAGGGUUAUUUGCAUCUAACAGUACAUAUAUAUUCCAUUUUCACUAAUUUAUAAGCAUUUAUUGUUCAUUCACUUAAAUAUGUUCUGACCAUGUGUACCGUUUCAUACUGCUAAGGGUUUUGAAUGUGCUACAGUACAUAUAUAUGCCAUAUUCAUUAAUUUAUUUAUUUAUUUACUUCAUAUCCAUGAAUCAUUUACAGGAUAUAGGACAAGUCGAGUAUUUUGUUCUUUCUCUUAAAUAUGUUCUGACUUAAAUGUGUAAUGUGUCAAGCAGUUAAAACUAAUUAUUCUCCAGGAAACAGGUUCAAUAAAAAUUGUUUGAAUUAUA